UUUAAUUUCAUUGUAGGUACGUUGGUGGUUAAUUUUGUUCUACCAUUAGAAUUUGUGACACCAGCUUGGAGAACAUUUUGUGGUUGUAUUGGAUUCUGGGCUGUGGGUUUAGCUAGUUUAGCUUUAUGGGCAUACCUCAUGCAUGAUUGGAGAUAUCUAACAAUGGCUACAUCUCUAGCUAGCAUACCCCUAUUAUUUACAUGGUGGUUUAUACCAGAAAGCCCACGUUGGUUGAUAAACAGAGGAAGAUUAGAAGAAGCUGAUCAAGUGUUGAAAUCUAUGGCAGUCUGUAAUAAAAGACCAGUUCCUGAUUUUGAUAGACUCAAAGAAUGCAUGAUGAAUGAAAAAAUCAGAAGACAAGAAUCAAAAAAAUAUACUUAUUGGCAUUUAUUUAGUUCCUGGAAGUUAACUAAAGGAACAUUGAUAUUAAUGUAUAGUUGGUUUGUGUCUAGUUCUGUAUACUAUGGUUUAAACUUCAAUACAAAAAAUUUAUCUGGAAAUCGCUAUUUGAAUGUCUUUAUAUCUGGAUUAGUUGAAAUUCCUGCUUUAAUAUUAGUGGUAGCUGUCAAUAAUAAAAUAGGUAGAAGGAAAACUGUAGCUAUGUUAAUGAUAAUUGCUGGUAUAUUUUGUUUAUCUAUUUUGGUAGUAGAUUUGUUAGAAAAAUCUGAAACGAUGCCAGUAUUGAUACUUGUGCUAGCUAUGAUUGGUAAAUCUGGUAUUGCUGGUGGCUGGGCAGCUGUUCAGGUAUUUUCUGCUGAAACAUUCCCUACUGUUGUUAGAAAUUUGGGUGUGGGAGCCUGUUCAACAUUUGCUAGAAUAGGUGGAAUUGUGGCACCUCAAUUAGUAUUCUUGGUAAGUUUUAUUUAUCAGGUAUCUUGUCUGUGA